GCUGGCAUAGGGUGAAAGGCAGGAUUUUUGACUGUGGGAGGAAAGUGACACUGGGAAAACAGAAAGGUCAAACCAGGGUCAGAGCAGGUGACUUUUUUGCUGUGAGGCAACAACGCUAGCCACUUCCCUACUGUAUGGACCCUCCCCAUCAUCCAUUUAUACACCCAUUCACACAUAAUGCAUUUCUUUAAGCUGAAAGAGCAUAAAAUUGUUGUCCUCAUCAGUCCAAAAAAACGCAGACAUUACGCCACGUUAUUGUAUUUAUUAUUUCCAAGUUUAAGCCAAAGGUGGGAACUGUGGAGCAUGUACAGAGCGUCUUGAGAGCCACUCGGGUCAGACUAAAUGUGUAUACAUGCAAUGUGUUAGUCUGACUUUGAGAGAAUCAAUUUAGUCCAAUUUCAGUAGAACUCAAGUCAAGUUUUUAUUAGAUUCCCACAAUUAUUUGUUUUCUUCUAAGGUUCCGUAAAAGUUUUAUCCAGGCGGUUGAUUUUGUAUGAUGUAAGAAGCCUUUUCUCAUCCUAUAGCUACUGUUUUGUUUCAUUAUGUUUUUUUUUUUGCAUCUGCCACUUGUUGCAGUGCAAAACUAAAAACCUAAAUUGAAGAAUACGGAUAGUGCGAGGAAUCUGUGGCUAUCAGAGGUUUACACUUGGAACAUGUGAACUGAUGCUAAUCAUGUGCACGGGGAUUACAAACACCUAGAAUAUGCAGCUGUAUGUGGGCCAGUGUAUGUGUGUGUGUGUGUGUGCGUCUGCCCUUUGCACAGGCAGUUUGUAAUCAGCUGUCACAGUGGACUCUGUCAAAAUCGCAGCAGUGGAGACGAGGUUCAGUCUCAACACUGAUCCAUGCAGCAGCAGCAGCAGCAGUGAAGGCAAACAUUCAUCCCGCACUUCUACAACAAACUGCUGUGUUUGUCGGUUCUGAACAUGGUUGUGUGAGUGUGAGAGUGUGUGUGUGCGCGCGUUUUUGCCUGUUUUCAGACUUCAGUGCCUGUAUCAGGAACAGAGAAGAAACAAAGAUGAUUGAGCUGGGCCUCGCUGACGGCAGCCUGAUCGACGAGCUGAUGGAGCUGACGGCUCAGAACAUCAGUCACCUGGAGAUCAAGGAGCACUUCAACGUCGUCAAGGAGAUUGGCAGAGGGAAAUAUGGCAAAGUGCUGCUGGUGACGCAUCGCUUCAGGGGGACCCCCAUGGCCUUGAAAGUGAUGCCCAAGGCCUCGACUAAGCUGCAGGGCUUUCUGCGGGAGUACUGCAUCUCCUUACACCUGUCUCAUCACCCCUGCAUCGUGGGCCUCUUUGGCAUUGCCUUCCAGUCUAAUGAGCACUACUGCUUUGCCCAGGAGCUCGUCAUUGGCAGGGACCUGUUCGCUGUCAUCCAGCCAAAGGUGGGUAUUCCAGAGUCUUCGGUCAAACGCUGUGUCCUCCAGAUCGCCAGUGCUUUGGAGUUCAUCCACAGCCACGGCUUGGUCCACCGCGAUGUCAAGCCUGAAAACAUUCUCCUGCUGGACACUCACUGCAGCCAAGUCAAGCUAGCAGACUUCGGCCUGGCCCAGAAGCGAGGGACCCUGAUACGAUUCAUCACAGGAACCCUGCCCUACAUGGCCCCGGAACUGUGCUCCAUGGUUCUGCUGGAGGGCCAGACAGAAGUGACCGCUGCUCCCCUCAGUGUGGAGCCAAGCCUGGACACCUGGGCAUUUGGAGUGGUCAUCUUCUGCAUUCUUACGGGCUACUUCCCCUGGGAGUGCUGCAUGGACUCAGACGACUUCUACCAGGAGUUUGCCGACUGGUGCAGGAUGGAGGAGAGACCUGACACUGGGGAGGAUUUUCCACCUCUGUGGAAAAGGUUCACUCCAGAGGCCAUGGAGAUGUUUGCUAAGCUCCUGGAUUUGGAUGCAGGAAGGAGGUGCACAGUGGGGGAAGUGAGAGCAUACACGGAGAAGGACUGGCUUAAGAAGCCUCAGGAUGAGCCGAAGAAGACGACGGAAAAAGAGAAAGUCGGCGUCUGCAGAAACAGCUCUGGUCAUAACAAGAUGGAGGAACAAGUAAACGCUUAGUGACUCAGACUCUUGUUUAAUCUUUGGCUUAAUGCACACAAAAAGAAUCUGCUAAUGGUGUAAGCUAAUUUAGCUAGGCUAGAAUACUUAAAACUAACUUGUAAAUCCAGCUACUCUCAGGCUAUAAUGUGCAUUAAAAUGGCAAAAACAGGCCAAAAACUAGACAGAACUAUUGACCCAGAUUUGAGAAAGUUGUAUAUACCACAAACAAAGAAACUCAUAUAGUAAAUGUUGUGCUUCCUUUACUUUAAACUGACUUACGAAUGUAUACAUUAUAAUUUCUUAAUCUGUGAUGGUGAAUUUAUUUUACUUGUGUACACCAGUGGAGAAGAAAACACAAACCGGGAGCAGUUGGGUUUUCAUGCAAACCAUUGUUAUAGUUUAUUACCGGUAAUUAAAGCUGAAAGUAGCAGAUAGAUGUUUUUUUUUUCUUCAAUUAGAUUAUUUUUCUUGUGAAAACCUUUUUAGGAAAGGAAAAUGUAAAUAGAAUUGUGCUUAUUUUACUUCUCCAGGAAAGUAAUGUGUGUUUUUUAAUUUCAUGGGUGUUAAUAAAGUCUGUGUCACUGAA